UUAAUGAUAAUAUUAACAUUUUUAAAAUAAAAAAAAUACCCGCACGAAUGUGCGGGUUAAACUCUAGUUAAUCACUAAAACAGGACAGGAUAAAAGCCUUUGGUCAAAAAAUAAAAAUAAAUCAGGACCGGUUGUCUAUUGCAUCAAAAUACUUACAACCAAAAUAUAAAAAUAUGUGCAUAUGAAUUAAGAGGCCGUGUAUUGUAUACACGUUUUGAUAGUGUAAACAUUAAAAAAUAUUCAGAAUAUAAAGCUUUGUAAUAAAUUUUAAAAUUAUAUGAUAUUACAUCGGCUCAUAUAAUAGUUGAUCAUCAUGCUGUUAUUGGGUUUCGGCUAGAUCUAUUAACAAAGGUUCGUUGAAAUUUUAUUUUUUAGUUAUAUGAUAAAAAAAAUUUAAUUAAGAUUGAGUGGCAUAAGUUGGUAAAUAUUUAGAAAAAAACAGGACUAUUUCAAAUAUGUACUUCAGUUUUAAUAGUUUAGAUUCAGUUAAAUAUUAUCAUUUAAAACCACCUUAACAAUUCUAAAAUUUUCAGAAAAUAUCUUACCAAAUCCCCUAUAAAUUUUUUAUUUUUAUUUUUGAACUUUUACUAAAACACUCAAAUCACUUCAAAACUCACAUAAAUCCCACCAAAAUUAAAACACUCCAAAAUAUCCUAAAAUCAUUAGUUCAAUACAGCCCUCUCAGAAAAUUUGUUUUUAUUUGUUUUAGUUUUUAUAAAUAUAUAAAUUUAUAACUUAAAUUAUUACCUCUAGUGAAAGUAAUAUUAAUUUUUAGAAGUUACCUAACGCAGAAAAUCACGUAGUACUACAGAUAAUACCAAAUCAAAUAAAAAUCUUGACUUACAUAACAGUAAAAAUGUGUCAAAUAAUUAUGUUUCACAAUCGGUAUUAAUAUAUAUAUAGACGUCAGAUUCUUUUGUUCUUGUUUAACUCCUCCCAAAAAAAAACAUUUUAAACAAAUACUCCAAAGAGAAGAGAAAAUGAAGAAAUUGUUUGUUCUAUUUAUUGUAUUACUACUAUACUCGUAUGUUGCAGCUGAGUUUUUAUCGCCGUUAGAGUCACCUUUGGUUUCAGAGUCACCUUUAGUAUCACCGUCAGAUGCACCUGUGGUUUCAGAGUCACCAUUGGUAUUACCAUCAGAUGCACCUGUGUUGGCAGAGUCACCUAUGUUAUCACCGUUAGGCACGCCUGUGUUAUCUCCAUCAUCUGAACCAUCAAACAAUGAUUGUGCUACUGUAAUUUUCAGCAUGUUCGAUUGUCUUUCCUUCUUGACAGUCGGGUCAACGGAUCGUAGUCCAACUAAAUCGUGUUGUGAUGGUGUUAAAACAGUUCUUGAAUAUAAUCCUAAUUGUCUCUGCAUUGCAUUGGAGAGCAGCCGUGACAUGGGAUUUGAGUUAAUUAAUAGAAAAGCUCUUGCCAUGCCUUCUAUUUGCAAUAUUUUCAUUAAUCCUCAUUGUGAUGUUGCAUCAAGUCCGACUGCAUCAAUCUCAACACCAGGAACAACUACGAUUUCUCCAUCGGAACCACCUACAAAUCUAUCACCACCUGUGGUUAUGGCCCCAUCACCGCCAACGGUUACAACUUCGUCACCACCAGCGGUUAAUACUCCAUUACCACCAACGUUUACGACUCCAUCACCGUCUGUUAAUCCUACACCACCGGCGGUUAUUACAUCACCGGCUAGGACUGCUUCACCACCAACGAUUACUCACUCAUCACAGUCAUCACAAGCGAUGACGGCUUUGUCACCUGCAAUAAUUGCUCCGUCACCAUCUAAAUCUGGAGCCACGAACUUGUCCAUAUCCAAGCUAUUCCUUAGGAUCGUCACAAUUUCUACUUUUGCUUAUGUUGUUUCCUUCAAUUUAAUUUAGUUGAAAUCAUUUUUAUGUUUUUAUUUAAUGGAUUGUUAAGAAAUAAAUUAGUGAUAUUUGUUA